UCACGGAGUCGCAUGGGGCUGCCAGGUGAAUUUCGAGCGAGCUCCUAAAUUACUAAACGGCGUUCCGCAAUUAUGCUGUAACUACGCGCGCGUGCCCGAGAACGGUGUCCGAUACACAUCACCCGGAGACGCGAGCAUCGACGUAGGCGCAUCUGACGCGGCCACGAGGAAUCCUCACGAGCGUUUACACCGAAUCACCAGUGUUGUCCGGCAGCAAAAUGGCAGCGAGCGACUCCAACACGGACGACAGCCUCUAUCCGAUCGCGGUUCUGAUCGACGAGCUGAAAAAUGAGGACGUCCAGCUACGUCUCAAUUCUAUCAAGAAGUUAUCGACGAUCGCGCUGGCGCUAGGCGUCGAACGAACGCGGAGCGAGCUGAUACCGUUUUUAACAGAGACGAUUUACGAUGAGGAUGAAGUCCUCCUUGCGUUGGCCGAACAGCUCGGCACGUUUACUCCUCUCGUCGGUGGGCCAGAAUUCGUGCAUUGUCUAUUGCCACCACUGGAAUCUCUGGCCACUGUGGAAGAAACCGUGGUCCGCGACAAAGCUGUGGAAUCCUUAAGAAAUAUCGCGAGCCAGCACAGUCCUGCAGAUUUGGAGGAGCACUUUGUUCCAUUAGUGCAACGCUUGGCUUCAGGAGACUGGUUCACGUCAAGAACAUCGGCAUGUGGCUUGUUCAGCGUUUGUUAUCCGAGGGUGAGCCCAGCCAUUAAAGCGGAAUUGCGAAAUCACUUUCGCAGCUUGUGCCAGGAUGAUACACCUAUGGCGCGACGGUCAGCUGCUUCUAAAUUAGGCGAGUUUGCAAAAGUUGUGGAGAUCGAGUACCUCAAAUCUGAUUUAAUACCAAUGUUUGUUAUACUCGCUCAGGACGAACAAGAUUCAGUUCGUCUUUUGGCUGUUGAAGCUUGUGUCAGUAUUGCAGCGUUGUUACAACAAGAGGAUGUUGAACAAUUGGUCAUGCCUACGCUUCGGCAGUGCGCUAGCGAUCAAUCAUGGCGCGUUCGUUACAUGGUGGCAGAUAAAUUUACAGACCUCCAAAAGGCUGUUGGCCCAGAAAUAACGAAAACAGAUCUUGUGCCAGCAUUUCAAGUAUUAUUGAAAGAUAUCGAAGCAGAGGUGCGGGCCGCAGCUGCCGAUAAAGUUCGCGAUUUCUGCCAGAAUCUUGAUCAGUUUAAUCAGGAGUCUAUAAUAAUGACAAAUAUAUUGCCCAUUGUUAAAGAACUUGUAGCAGAUCCUAAUCAGCACGUAAAGUCAGCUUUGGCAAGCGUAAUCAUGGGAUUAAGCCCCAUUCUUGGCAAGCACAACACAAUCGAACACUUGUUACCCCUAUUCCUAUCCCAGCUCAGAGAUGAAUGUCCCGAAGUGCGACUCAAUAUCAUUAGUAAUCUAGAAUGUGUUAAUGAAGUUAUUGGCAUACAACAACUCUCGCAGUCCCUCUUACCUGCCAUCGUGGAAUUAGCCGAGGACUCUAAAUGGCGUGUGCGACUAGCUAUUAUCGAGUAUAUGCCAUUACUAGCCGGACAACUUGGCGUGGAAUUCUUUGAUGAGAAAUUAAAUUCUCUGUGCAUGACUUGGUUGGUGGAUCAUGUUUAUGCAAUUCGAGAAGCAGCUACGUUAAAUCUGAAGAAAUUGGUAGAGAAGUUUGGACCCGAUUGGGCACAGAAUACAGUGAUACCUAAAGUCUUGGCUAUGUCCAGGGAUCAGAAUUAUCUUCAUAGAAUGACAUGUUUGUUCUGCAUUAAUGUUCUGGCUGAAGUAUGUGGUCCAGAUAUAACGACAAAGGUGAUGCUUCCAACUGUAUUGACAAUGGCAACUGAUAACGUUGCGAAUGUAAGGUUUAAUGUCGCUAAGACUCUACAGCGAAUUGGACCUUUCCUAGAACCCUCAGCAGUUCAAACUCAAGUAAAACCUAUCCUCGAUAAACUCAAUACUGACAGCGACGUAGAUGUGAAAUACUUUGCUUCGGAAGCCAUUGCUGGCAUUGCAGCGUAGGUUGAACGACACAGUGCAUUUAUCACUUAUCCAAUAAUAUUCAACUUAAAUUUGAGAGAGAAAAAUAACAUGCCACAAUAUGUUUCACUUAUAAACACAUGGCAACAGGUAAUAUUAUGCACAGUCAAAGUAAAUUUUGGCGAGAAGACAUACAAAUUCUAAUUAGUAGAUUAUUAUUAAACCGUACUUUAAGUUAUGUUAUAUUUGUAUAUCUAUAAUUACAGUAAUGAGUACAAUAUUCGA